UCUCUACAUGAAACACAACAAAUAUUGACUGGGGCUGGGAGUCGAUCAGUUCAGUGGAUUUCAACCUUCAGUUUUCAGCUCAGAAGGACCGUCUGUCUCUCAGCGCUGUUUUAUUGUUUUAUAUGUGUGUGAGUGUGUGUGUGCAGGAAACAUGAGGCGUCUUCUGCUGCUCCUCGGGCUCCUGCUGCUCCAACAGGCCUGCUGCUUUGAGUUUGUGAUAGAUGGAGAAUGGGAGGAGGACGUGUCAGAUAUGCGGGAUCAUCGGGAGAGGCACAAGAGAGCCAUAUUGACCAGCGAGGAGCAGGAAGACUUUGAGGCGAUCCGUGGUGAAGACAUCACGGUGAAGAGCUACAAGGUGGAGAGCCGCAUCACGUCCCGCUUCGCCCACACCACCGUCCGAAGCUCCGUGGUCAACUCGGGCUCCAAGGCCCAGAGCAUCGGCUUCAACGUGCAGAUCCCCAAACGAGCUUUCAUCACUAACUUCACCAUGAAUGUGAACGGGAUCAUAUUCGUGGGCUCGGUGAAGGAGAAGACGGUGGCCAGGAACCUGUACGCCCAGGCCCGAGCCAGAGGCAAGGCAGCGGGCAUCGUCAGGGCCAAUUCCCAGGACAUGGAGACGUUUAAAACAGAAGUGCAUGUUCCUCCUGGCAGUAACAUUGAGUUUGAGCUGCACUACCAGGAGAUGAUGCACAGGAGGCUGGGCGUCUACGAGCACUCGCUGUUCCUGCAGCCUGGGAGGCUGGUGCCUCAGUUCCAGGUGGAUGUGUACAUCUUUGAGCCCAAGGGAAUCUCCAUGGUAGAAACACCGAACACCCUCGGAGAGCAGUUUGUAAAGAAUAUCAAAGUGACCUCGACCAAAGAGAAGGCUCAUAUUGUCUUCAAGCCAAACCUCCAGCAGCAGAGAAAAUGUGACAACUGCACUGGAAGCGCUAUAGACGGCAUCUUCACCGUCAAAUAUGAUGUGACCCGGGACGGCAAUGCCGGAGAACUACAGGUCUCAGACGGCCACUUCGUCCAGUUCUUUGCUCCCUCCAACCUCUCUCCUCUCCCUAAAAAUAUCGUGUUCGUCAUUGACGUCAGCGGAUCCAUGUGGGGAGUCAAGAUGAAGCAAACAGUGGAGGCCAUGCAGGCCAUUCUGGAGGACAUGGCCAUAGAUGACCACUUCAGCAUCAUCGACUUCAACCACAACGUGCGCUGCUGGAACGAAGAGCUGGUGGCCGGAUCCUCCAUUCAGAUCGCAGACGCCAAGAGAUACAUCCAGGACAUCAAACCCAACGGAGGUACCAACAUUAACGAGGCUCUGAUGAGAGCUGUGCAGAUGCUGGUGAGGGCGUCCAAUCAGGGGCUCAUCGACCCCCGCUCCGUCUCCAUGAUCAUCCUGGUGUCUGACGGAGACCCCACCGUGGGUGAGAUCAAGCUGGGCACCAUCCAGAAGAAUGUGAAGCGGGUGAUGAGGGAGGAGUUUUCUCUCUUCUCGCUGGGCAUCGGCUUCGACGUGGACUAUGACUUCCUGGAGCGGAUCGCCAUGGAGAACAGAGGCAUGGCUCAGAGGAUCUACGCCAACCACGAUGCAGCAGAGCAGCUCCGGGCGUUUUACAGCCAGGUCUCCUCCCCCCUGCUGAGGAUGAUCCAGGUUCAGUUCCCGGAGGACUCGGUGUCAGACGUCACCCAGAACCGCUUCGAUAAGUACUUCAGCGGCUCGGAGCUGGUGGUGGCCGGGAAAGUGAAGCCGUCGGAGAGCAACACGCUGACCAGCUUCACCACCGCCCGCGCCGCCCGUCUGGACGUCACCUUUGAGACGGAGGGAGACUUCACGGAGCUGGACACGGAGCUGGCCAAGCAGCAGCACUCCUUCACGGGCUUCGCCAGACAGAUGUGGGCCUACAUCACUGUCAAACAGCUGAUCUCUGAGAGGUCUCUGGCUCCCACUGCGGUGAAGAAGAGGAAGAUCACUCAGAGGAUCAUGGCGCUGGCCGUGGAGCAUCAGUUUGUCACUCCACUCACCGCGCUGCUGGUGGAGAGCGAGGACACCAACGAGAGGCUGCUGGCCGACUCUCCGAAGGACCCCAAACAUGGCUGCUGCUCAGGUGCAGGGUUUGGUGGAGGCUCCUCCUCGGCGCUCAAUCCAGUGAAUGUGGUGUACCAGGCCCCCCCCUGGGUCCAGAUGACCACUAACGCCCCCCCCAGCCAGGCUGUUAAGGGCAGCGAGGAGUACGCCCUGCCUCCAACGGUCAACUUAGUGGAUAACGACCCUCACUUCAUCAUCCACCUGCCCAGCAGCAACAUGGACGUCUGCUUCAACAUCGACUCCGCCCCCGGACACAUCCUCAACCUGGUGACUGACACUGGAACAGGUUUGGUGGUGAACGGUCAGUUGGUCGGCUCUAAGCAGGCGCACAAAGGCAAACUGAGCACGUACUUCGGCACCAUCUCAGUGUACUACCAGCCCGAUGGAGUGAGCCUGACCGUCGGCACCGACAACAUCUCCAUGACCGACGGCCAGAGAAACCACUCCUUCACCUGGGGGACCACGGCUAAAAUCUCACAGGAUGGUGUGAGGAUCUCCAUUGUGAAGAACUCUCAUGUGUCCAUCACGAUAAAUAAUAAUACCCAUGUGAUGGUGUUACUUCACCGUGUGUGGACGAAAAAUCCAGUCAGUGUCGACUUCCUCGGUAUUUACAUUCCCAACGAUAACCAGUACUCCCCUCUGGUGCACGGACUCAUAGGGCAGUUUUCCAGAGAGCCUGAGGUGAGCGUGCACGACAUGCACGAGGGAAUGGACCCUCUGAAGAAGGAGGCCACGAUGGAGGUGAAGGGCAAUACGCUGCUCGUCACCAGGGGCUGGCAGAAGGACUACAGGCGCGAUAAGAGGCUCGGAUCAAGCAUCUACUGCUGGUUCAUUCACAACAGUGGGAAGGGCUUCAUCGACGGCCACUACACCGACUACAUCGUCCCACAUCUCAACAGCUUCCUGCAGGUGCUCUGAGCUGCCAGAGACACAUUCAAGUACCAUGCUCAUCUAUAGGGCUGCACUAUUAAUCCAAAUGUUAUCCAAAUCAAAAUAUGGACUAGUGCAAUAUUACAAUCACAGGUAGCACAGUAUUUGUAAAAGGCUAAGAAUGUGUUCUACAGAUUUAUAAAACAUAUUUGUUUGGUACAGAUAUCACACCAAAAUCAUUUAAUAUUUGUUCAAUAUUAAGAAUCAUAAUUAGAACAUGACAAAUCUCUCUAAUAUUAUGAAUAAUGUUGCAAUUGCAAUAUUAUUCAUAACAUUAGAGAGAUUUGUCAGUCAAAACAAGUCAUCUUUUCCAGAUCUUUCCACAGUGCUAUUAACACCCAUUUAGAAAGAGUGAAAACAGGAGGUGUGGGGCACAGUGGGUUGUGCGUUGGUGUUCGGAUCAGGGGGUCACAGGUUCAAACCCCGCUGCAGUCAGCAUGUCGUUUUGUCCCUGGGCAAGACACUUCACCCCAAAUUGCUCCUGUGGAGAUUGCCCACAGUACUGAGUAUGUAAGUCGCUUUGGAUAAAAGCGUCUAACGAGUGACAUGUAAUGAAAUGAGUAAAUAGAAAGGGAAGACGAUCCUUUUCCCCAUUGUGGUUUUUAUGAAUCUAUAUUUCCUGAUUUUUCAUUUUGUAAUUAUAAGUCCGGGAUGGUUGAUAUGGCCAAAGUCUAUAUAGCAUUUUAUAUUCAGUAAAUUCAAUUAAUACACUGCAUCACAUUUGAUUAUUUUCUUUUAUAUACAUCAUAGAAGACAACACAAGUUAAAAGACAAAUACAUUAUUUUCCAAAUGAAAGCUUUAAGGUUCCUGAGGACAAUCAUUUGAGGUGUAACAGGUUUUAAAGUUAACGGAAGCAAAUGAAUGCCAAUCUGUGUUAAUUCAGUGAAUUAAUAAAAUAAAAGUUAAUUAACCAAGGAAAAAAGACUUUUCCUGCAGGUUUUACUUACAUUUCAUUUAAAAAAGCUCACAAAUUACUGUGCAACCAGAAUGCUUUGUCCCCCUUGUUUAAAAUGUAAUUCUCCUCCAUUUCUGCCCAAAUCAUGGAUAUAUAUAAUUGCAGGAUCUCCAUUGGUUGACACAUUUCUAUCAUUGUACUGAUUCUUCAUUAUAUCCCCCAAUCCUAUUAUAAAUGUUUGAUUCCUAAUUAUAAAAAAAAACACCAUAAAGUCACUUUUUGUUCAAUUUAUUAAGACUAAAUGUACAUUUGCAAUGCUAAGAUCAACUUGAACAUCCGAUACAAAAUAAAAAACAAAUUGAACACA